GUGUUCAGACACAGACAUUCAGUAUGUGCACACACUCCAAGUCGACACGUGCAUGCGCAGGUGUGCGCACACAGACAUUCAUCAUAUACACACACUCCAAGUCCAAACGUCCAUGCGCAACACCCGCGCACACAGACAUUCAGUAUGUGCACACAGUCCAAGUCGACACGUGCAUGCGCAGGUCUGCGCACACAGACAAUCAUCAUAUACACACACUGUGCGAUUACAGACAUUCAUCAAUACACACACUCCAAGAAGAUACGUGCAUGCGCAGGUGUGCGCGCACAGACAUUCAUCAUAUACACACCACUGCCGCAGACACAAUCUCCUGUGCCUUGCCAUUGCAUCCGCAGAUCAGCCAGGUCCAGGGGUCCUUGAGGGCCUGGUGCUCCUUGGAGGGACUGCGGGUGCUGGCUGGGCCACUCUCGGCACUCGCGCUGGGCGCGGGGAUGAGGCUCCCCUCUGUCGAUCCGGCCUCCCACAGCCCGGGGGCCUGGUCUUUCUCUGCCUCAGUCGUGGGCAGCAGCUGCUCCAAUGACCUGGCCGUCAUCAGACCUUGCAGCUUCAUGUGGAACGCCUCCCAGUCAGCCGGGUCACCCGAGAAUUUGGGUACCUCCAGCUUGGCCAUCUCCGUCGUGGACCUUGACUGCGUGCCGCCCGUCAGUCCGUUGUCCUUCAAUGCAGUCGUCACAGCCGAGGCGAUUUGCUGUGCCUGGGAGUUGUUGUUGCUGGUCAUCACGUUGCUGAGGGCAGUGGCAACGGCCGACCCUAGCGCAUUGACGUCUAUACCCGACGUCGUCAU